CUGCCCAUCGCCACUGUGAAGACUCAGGAGAUCCUUCAGGGCAACGUGGUGCGGGAGAGCGCCGAGGGCCACGGCACGGUGGAUGGCGAGGGGCUGAAGCAGGAGGAGGAGGCCACCCCCGUGGAGGGGGGGGAGGAGGAGGAGGCGUUCAGGUCCAGGUCCAGGUCCAGCUCUGUGGGCGGGGCCAGGAUGAGGUGCAGCCCCCCCUGGGACAGGAUCAUGAAGUUCCACGUGGCCAAGAAGAAGUUCAAGGAGACUUUGCGUCCGUACGAUGUGAAGGACGUGAUCGAGCAGUACUCGGCCGGACACCUGGACAUGCUCUGCCGCAUCAAGAGCCUGCAGACCAGGUACAGGAGAGCCCCCCACCCCAAAACCCCCCUUAUUCUAUACACCUGCAUCAGAGGUGUAGAAACCGAGUCCAACAUGGCGGCCGAGGACGGCUUUGAUGAGAAAGGCUGCCACUGCGAGAUCUCUGUGGAGGACCUGCUGCCCUCAAUUAAGACCGUCAUCCGGGCAGUCCGCUGGGUUUCUCCAUUCUGGGUUUCUCCUCUUCCCAUCUGA